AUGUCCACUCUUACGCAGGCGGCCGCUGACGGCGACGUGGUGGAGAUGCGGCGCAUCAUUGCCUCGGGCGAGACCGUCAACGCGACACGCGGCGACGGCGCUACGCCACUUCUGCUCGCUGCGCUCGGCGCGCACGCAGAGGCGUGCCGAGUGCUGCUCGACGCUGGCGCCGAUCUGGACACGCCGAAGGACACGGGCGCAACGGCGCUCUUUGCUGCCGCGGCGUCCGAUUCGCCCGAGGCGAUCGACUGCGUCACCCUCCUGCUCGCUGCGGGCGCGUCGGUCGACCUGCCAAACACUCACGGCGUCACGCCGCUGCAGACGGCUGCGCACAAGGGGCACGCGGGCGUGUGCGAGGCGCUCCUUCGCGCCGGAGCGGACGCCUCGCGGGCCGACAAGGCCGGCAACACGCCGCUCCACAAGGCGGUUCGCUCUGCCGCUGUGGAGGCGCUCGACGCGCUGCUGCUCACCGCUGCUGAGCUC